GUAUGUAUGCAGGUGCGGGAGGUGAUGGAGCUGACGGUGCGGGGUGAGGUUGAACCCAGCGCCAGCAGUGGCUACGUCAGCAUCCUGAAGGAGGAGGCUGCCCUCUCCCGCUCCUGUCUUCCCAUCGUACAGGACCUCGUCAUGUUCGCCGUCCAGGGAGGUUGCUACGAUGCCAGGAUCCGGGUGCUCAUAAUGCACGUCACUUGCCUUCUGCAUGUGAAUGUUGACCUACUGGAGAUGUAUGAAGAGUCAGUGUUGGAGUACCUUACCAUGGAGCAGAACCCCAUCACUGAGGAGGAAGAAAAAGAAAUGGCCAAGCGUGAGCGCUACAAGAAGAUCAAGCGUUACACUGCUAUUGGUUUAGCUACCCUGGGUGGUGGUGCUGUUCUGGGUCUCACAGGUGGACUGGCAGCCCCGUUUAUUGGUGCUGGUCUUGGAACAAUUAUUGGGGCAGGUGGUGCUGCAGCCCUAUCAUCAACUGCAGGAGUGGCAGUGGUAGGAUCAAUGUUUGGAGCAGCAGGUGCUGGCCUUACAGGAUUUAAGAUGAAGAAGCGUGUUGGAGACAUAGAAGAGUUUGCUUUCGACUAUCUUACUUACGGAAAUCACUUACACAUUACUAUUGCUAUAUCUGGAUGGCUAACAAAGGAAGGUAUUCAAGAGUUUAAUCAACCAUGGAAAAUUUUGUUUCAUUCCAGAGAGCAGUAUUGUUUGCGCUACGAGUCCCAGUACCUACGAGAACUUGGGCAAGCUAUGGACUACCUCCUUCAAUUUGCACUCUCCAUGGCUGUCCAGGAGACACUAAAAUAUACCAUUUUAGCAGGUAUUAUCUCUGCAAUCACUUGGCCAUCAUCUCUUUUGACCCUGGCAUCUGUGAUUGACAAUCCUUGGGGUGUGUGUUGUCGGAGGUCAGCUGAGGUUGGCAAACAACUGGCCGAGGUGCUGUCGCAGAGGCAGCAUGGCAAGCGACCAGUCACACUCAUUGGAUUUUCAUUAGGAGCACGAGUUAUUUAUUAUUGUCUCCAGGAACUUAGCCAUCGUAAAGGUAGUGCAGGCAUUAUUCAAGACGCCAUACUCCUCGGUGCUCCAGUACCUGGAUAUGCCAAAGAAUGGCAAACAUUUAGUAAGAUUAUGGUCUCAGACGUAAACAUUAAUGGAUAGUCGGGAGAUUGGCUUCUACGGUUUUUAUGUUCAUCAUCAGGAAGUCUUGUAUAGCUGGCCCUGAUGCGAGUGACGGGCAAGACGGAGAUGUUUAAUUUUGACCUCUCUGAUAUUGUUACUGGUCACAUGGAUUAUGCCAACAAGAUGGAUACAAUUCUCCGUCUUUUGGGUAUUCGAACGCGAGAUCCCGCCAUUGACCUAGAUCCAAGAAUUAAAAAGAGUGCAUCAGACUAUCCUGGUUUUAUGUCAAUGCAUGGAAAAAUGGUGAGUAAUAAGGUAGAGUAUAUAGUAAAGUUCUAG